AAGACGUCCCUGAUCACCAGGUUUAUGUACGACAGUUUUGACAACACCUACCAGGCCACUAUUGGAAUUGAUUUUCUCUCGAAGACAAUGUAUCUAGAAGACCGCACGGUCCGACUUCAGCUUUGGGACACAGCGGGCCAGGAGCGAUUCCGUAGCCUCAUUCCCAGCUACAUCCGUGACUCAACUAUUGCAGUGGUAGUCUAUGACAUUACAAAUCUGAAUUCCUUCCAGCAAACUUCCAAAUGGAUUGACGAUGUGCGAACAGAGAGAGGAAGUGAUGUCAUAAUCAUGCUGGUGGGGAAUAAGACCGACCUUGCGGACAAAAGGCAAAUUACUACAGAAGAAGGUGAACAGAGAGCCAAAGAACUGAGUGUGAUGUUUAUUGAGACUAGUGCAAAGACUGGAUACAAUGUGAAACAGCUUUUCCGGCGUGUGGCAGCUGCCUUACCAGGGAUGGACAGCGCUCCAGAGAAGAGCAAAGACGACAUGAUCGACAUCAAACUAGAGAAGCCGCCUGAGCAGCCGGUAACGGAGAGCGGGUGCUCCUGCUAAAGGGGCUGCCGCCCGGUGACCCUUUCCCGAUCGGCCAGUCCGGCCCCGCCGAAGAGCAUCCCCCUUUUCAUUGACUAGAGAAGCAACUUUCUGAGGGCUGCCACCCGGGCCUAGUGUGCGAUUGAGCCCCCCCCCCCGGCCCCGUUCUGUGGACAGCUCCAGCUGCCCCCUCCUACUGCAUGGUGUGAACCUCAAAUGUGUCCUGUCCCUUGUUGGUUGUUGCACUUGGUGCCGUGGCACCCUUUUCUCAGUUUCCUACCUUGGGCGCGCAUGCCUAAGAUGUGUUGUCCUAUGAAUGCAGAAGGGGAGGAGCUUUCCCCGAGUUAGGAAGACACCGAUAAACCUAACGGCAAAGGGAGGUAGUGGAGCCAGGUGGGGCGGGGGGAGGGGCCUGCUUCGUGGCUGCUUUCCGUUCAUUCCCCCUCCCGGAGGCCGCUCCCUUGGCUCGGUGUGGCCCCGCCACUUUUGAGGGUGCGGAAGGACUCCAGGGAGAUGGGUUUCCUGCCGGGUGCCCUUACCCCUUGCUGCCUUCCCUUUUGUUCUUUCUUCAUGGAGUACAGGGAAGAAUCUUGGAUUAUCUCAUCCUGGCAUUUGCUAUUUCCAUUUCCCAAGUUGCCCUAGACCUCUGCAGAACCAGUGGCCGUGUUACGUUGAAGGUUGUCAGCUCUUUUCCUGAAAGACGGUGCUCGGUUUACUGUUAAACGUGAUUAGAGAAGAUAGCCAAAGUUGGGCUGACUGUAGUAGGGAGCCUUGGUACCUGCUCACCCUGGCAGACUGGGG